CCCCAAAACAAUACUGUAUGCUUUAUCUUUAACACUAUUCAAAGCCCAUGCUUUCAGCCGGUCUCUUUUCUUCCAGCAAUCCUCAUCGUUUCUCAUCCACUGUCCGCCAUGGUCCUGCUCUUGUUCUUCCUCCUCUCGCUUCUCUCCCAAACCCAAUCCAAACCCAUCCUCACUGUCUCCCCCAAAACCCUGUCCAAAUCCGGCGACCAUGUUCUCAUACAAUGGUCUGGCAUCGACUCGCCUUCCAAACUCGACUGGCUCGGCCUCUACUCGCCCCCCGAUUCAUCGCACGACAAUUUUAUCGGUUACAAGUUCCUUUCCUCUUCCCCCACUUGGGAAUCUGGGUCGGGCUCCAUUUCUCUACCCCUCACCUCCCUCCGCUCCAACUACUCCUUCCGAAUCUUCCGAUGGUCCGAAUCCGAGGUCAACCCGGACCGUCACGAUCAGGAUCAUAAUCCCCUCCCGGGCACGGAUCAUCUGUUGGCCGAAUCGGAAAGGGUGGGGUUCGAGUCGGGUCGAGGGCCGGAGCAGAUCCACUUGGCGUGGACGGGUCGGGAAGGGGAGAUGCGGGUGAUGUUCGUUGCGGAGGAUUCGGAGGAGAGGCACGUGAGGUAUGGGGAGAAGGAAGGAGAGUGGGAAGGUGACGUGGCGGUGGCACGUGCGGGAAGGUAUGAGAGGGAAGACAUGUGUCAUGCACCAGCCAAUGAGAGCGUUGGGUGGAGGGAUCCUGGUUGGAUAUUUGAUGCUGUCAUGUCGGGUUUAAAGGGUGGAAUCAAAUAUUAUUAUCAGGUUGGAAGCGACUCCAAAGGUUGGAGCACAACCCGCAGUUUUGUGUCAUGGGAUGCGAGUUCAAAGGAAACACUAGCCUUCCUAUUUGGAGACAUGGGAACUGCUACACCAUACUUAACCUUUAGUCGUACACAAGAUGAAAGCAUAUCAACCAUGAAGUGGAUCCUACGUGACCUUGAAGCUCUUGGUGACAAGCCUGCUCUUGUUUCCCAUAUUGGGGAUAUCAGCUAUGCAAGAGGCUACUCUUGGUUGUGGGAUGAAUUUUUCAACCUAAUUGAGCCUGUUGCCUCCAAGGUCCCAUAUCAUGUGUGUAUUGGUAAUCAUGAAUAUGAUUGGCCUUCACAGCCUUGGAGACCUGAGUGGUCCAAUUCAAUUUAUGGAACAGAUGGGGGUGGUGAAUGUGGGGUGCCUUAUAGCCUUAGAUUUAAUAUGCCUGGCAACUCUUCAGAACCAACUGGAACCCGUGCUCCAGCUACCCAAAACCUUUACUACUCUUUUGAUAUGGGGACAGUUCAUUUUGUGUACAUGUCAACUGAAACCAAUUUCCUCCCUGGAAGCAGCCAAUAUAAUUUUCUGAAGCAUGAUCUAGAGUCAGUUGAUCGGACAAAGACCCCUUUUGUUGUAGUUCAAGGGCAUAGACCAAUGUACACUACAAGCUAUGAAAGUAGAGAUGCCCCAUUGAGGCAGAGAAUGCUUGAGCACUUGGAACCUUUGUUUGUGAAAAACAAUGUGACCCUUGCUUUAUGGGGCCAUGUUCACCGAUACGAGAGGUUUUGUCCACUGAAGAACUUCACAUGUGGAAGCAUGGGGUUAAAAGGAGAGAGCUGGGAGGCAUUACCGGUCCAUGUUGUGAUUGGGAUGGCAGGACAAGACUGGCAACCAACAUGGGAACCUAGACCAGACCAUCCACAUGACCCAGUCUACCCACAACCCAAGAGGUCUUUGUACCGCACGGGUGAGUUUGGGUACACUAGAUUAGUUGCUACAAAAGAGAAGCUUAUACUUUCUUUCGUAGGAAACCAUGAUGGGGAGGUGCAUGACAUGGUUGAGAUUUUAGCAUCUGGACAAGUUCUUAAUGGUGGUGAUGGUGACAGUGGUAGAGUUGGUGCUGUCCUUAAGGAUGAGGCGAUGGAGUACUCAUUUUCACACUAUGUCUGGGGUGGUAGUGUCUUGGUGCUUGGGGGUUUUGUGGGCUAUGUUUUUGGUUUUGUUUCACAUGCUAGGAAACGAGCUGCCUCAGGAAGGAGCUGGACUUUCGUGAAAAGUGAGGAGACAUGAAGAGAUUUUGCUAAACGUCAUUCAGUGGCUGGAGAUGUGGUGAUGUGAGCUUCUAGAUUUCAAACCUAUUUGCAGUGACACAUAGUUAUGUGGUUCACAAUGAUGCUCUCGUGCUAUUCUGACAAGGAUAAGAAGCUGGGAUACACCGUGCGGUGCCUUAAAGUACUUCACAUCUUUAAACCUUUGUAAUCAUACAAAAUUUCUCUCAUGGUUCUGAAGUAAAGCACUCCAUGACAUGCUUCACUUUAUUGUAACAUGUAUUAUUUUUUCAGCGUCGUGUCGAAUUAAGGACAAAUAUUUAUGUGUAUACUGAAUCUCAUAUCAGGUAGAAAUUAUACAUUUUCCUCAA